CCCCCAACCUGUCCCCCAAACUAAGAAUCUCUCCCUCAAAAGUAUUAGCACCCCAGCACCAAAAGGGGUCUUGGGAGCAACUUGUCAUCCCAUUUAAAGGGGAGGAAAAGGAGGAUCACAAUGACCAUGUAGUGAUACUGCUCUUAACCCAGCGUUCCUGGCACCAGUGCCGCCCCUUUUAAAGCCCGGGGGCUCUGCCGCAGGGCAGACCAGGCCCAGGCCUUCCUGGUCAGCUGGGCAGCUUCUGCUGAUGUUUGCGUUUCGGAGUCUCGGCUACUUGUUCGCUCUCAGGCAGGUUCCAAACGCCUGACAGCCAUGACCUGUAGGAUUGUUGAGACCAUUUCAGAAUCUUUGCUCCUGGACGGUGGUGUCUGCGGUAGAGAGGAGUUCAGAUCAGGUCUGGGGGUGGGGAGGGGGUGCCAGGGCCCAAAGGGAAACAGUGGAGGAGUGCAGCAGGAGCCCGCGGAGACCGCAGGGCUGGGAUGUGCAGCCCCUUUAGGCUCGAGCUUCCUCAGGGCUCCAGCCCAGGCCUGUCUUGCUCACAGUCACCAGGCCCCAGGUGAUGGUCAGGCCGAGCUGGGUGUUGCUGUGCUGGGAAGAUUCCUGCUUGCGGCUGGGUCCCUCUGAGCACUGGGCAGUGUGACUGUGGUCGGAGCAGGACUGUUUGCAGGGGGCCAGGCGCGGCUGGUGCUCAACAGGGCCACCUGGCCUGCAGCAGGACGGCGGAAGGACCUGCUCCUCAUUGUGGCCGAGCCAGCGCCCACCUCACCCACACCGAUGAGCAUGUAGUGGGUCAGGGAGGAGCCCUCGCUGGGCUUUCCUAGCCUGAGUGCCCUGGGAAUCCCUCCUGUUGCCAGAGGAGGCCCGCCAUCGGCGGGCGUUUGAGAUGGUGGAGGCUCUGCAGGAACAUCCCCGGGACCCCAACCAGAUCCUCAUCGGCUACAGCCGGGGCCUCGUCGUCAUCUGGGACCUGCAGGGCAGCCGCGUGCUCUCUCAUUUCCUCAGCAGCCAGCAACUGGAAAACGUCUGCUGGCAGCGGGACAGCCGUCUGAUCGUCAGCUGCCAUUCUGACGGCAGCUACUGCCAAUGGCGCAUGUCCAGCGACGCCCCGCAGCCGGAGCCCGUGCGCAGCUGUUUGCCUUACGGUCCUUUUCCUUGCAAAGCUAUUACCAAAAUCUUCUGGCUGACCACCAAGCAGGGGUUGCCCUUCACCAUCUUCCAGGGCGGCAUGCCGCGGGCCAGCUACGGGGACCGCCACUGCAUCUCCGUGGUCCACAACGGCCAGCAGACAGCCUUCGACUUCACCUCCCGCGUCAUUGAUUUCACUGUCCUCAUCGAGGUGGACCCUACGGCUGCCUUCGAUGACCCCUAUGCCCUAGUUGUGCUGGCCGAGGAGGAACUGGUGGUGAUUGACCUGCAGACGGCUGGUUGGCCGCCGGUCCAGCCUCCCUACCUGGCCUCCCUACACUGCUCUGCCAUCACCUGCUCCCACCAUGUCUCCAACAUCCCACUGAAACUGUGGGAACGCAUCAUCGCAGCCGGCAGCCGGCAGAGCACACACUUCUCCACCAUGGAGUGGCCCAUUGACGGCGGCACCAGCCUGGCCCCGGCCCCGCCGCAGAGGGACCUGCUGCUCACGGGGCACGAGGACGGCACGGUGCGGUUCUGGGACGCCUCGGGCGUCUGCCUGCGGCUGCUCUACAAGCUUAGCACCGUGCGGGUAUUCCUCACUGACACAGACCCCAACGAGAGCCUCAGUGCCCAGGGCGAGGAAGAGUGGCCGCCCCUCCGCAAGGUGGGCUCCUUUGACCCCUAUAGUGACGAUCCUCGUCUGGGCAUCCAGAAGAUUUUCCUCUGCAAAUACAGCGGCUACCUGGCUGUGGCUGGCACAGCAGGGCAGGUGCUUGUGCUGGAGCUGAACGACGAGGAGGCGGAGCACGCGGUGGAGCAGGUGGAGGCCGACCUGCUGCGGGACCAGGAGGGCUACCGCUGGAAGGGCCACGAGCGGCUGUGUGCCCGCCCGGGGCCCGUGCACUUCGAGCCCGGCUUCCAGCCCUUCGUGCUGGUGCAGUGCCAGCCCCCGGCCGUGGUCACCUCCUUGGCCCUGCACUCUGAGUGGCGGCUCGUGGCCUUCGGCACCAGCCACGGCUUCGGCCUCUUUGACCACCAGCAGCGGCGGCAGGUCUUUGUCAAGUGCACGCUGCACCCCAGCGACCAGCUCGCCCUGGAGGGCCCGCUGUCCCGCGUGAAGUCCCUGAAGAAGUCCCUGCGCCAGUCCUUCCGCCGGAUCCGCCGCAGCCGGGCGUCCAGCAGGAAGCGGCGGCCCGCCGGCCCUCCGGGAGAGGUGCAGGAGGCGAGCAGCAGGGCGGAGCGGACCGGCCUGCAGAACAUGGAGCUGGCGCCCGUGCAGCGCAAGAUCGAGGCGCGGUCAGCAGAGGACUCCUUCACGGGCUUCGUCCGGACCCUCUACUUCGCCGACACCUACCUGAGGGACAGUUCCCGCCACUGCCCCUCGCUGUGGGCUGGCACCAACGGCGGUACCGUCUACGCCUUUGCCCUGCGCGUGCCCCCUGCCGAGCGGAGAAUGGAUGAGCCAGUGCGGGCGGAGCAGGCCAAGGAGAUCCAGCUGAUGCACCGAGCACCUGUCGUGGGCAUCCUGGUGCUGGACGGACACAGCGUGCCCCUUCCCGAGCCCCUGGAAGUGGCCCACGACCUGUCAAAGAGCCCAGACAUGCAGGGGAGCCACCAGCUGCUUGUCGUAUCAGAGGAGCAGUUCAAGGUGUUCACACUACCCAAGGUCAGUGCCCGGCUGAAGCUGAAGCUGACCGCCCUGGAGGGCUCACGGGUGCGGCGGGUCAGCGCGGCCCGCUUCGGCAGCUGUCGAGCCGAGGACUACGGGGAGCAUCACUUGGCCGUCCUUACCAACCUGGGUGACGUCCAGGUGGUCUCGCUGCCCCUGCUCAAGCCCCAGGUGCGGUACAGCUGCAUCCGCCGGGAGGACGUCAGCGGCAUCGCCUCAUGCGUCUUCACCAAAUACGGCCAAGGUUUCUACCUGAUCUCACCCUCUGAGUUUGAGCGCUUCUCUCUUUCCACCAAGUGGCUGGUUGAGCCCCGAUGUCUCGUGGAUUCAGCAGAAUCAAAGAACCGCAGCCGCCCGCGCAACAGGAACUCAGGCAGCCAGAGUGAUGGAGAGGAGCGGAGGUCAGGCCUUGUGAUGGAGCACGCUCUGCUCAAUGACGAGAGGGUUCUGAAGGAGAUCCAGAGCACGCUGGAGGGAGACCGAGGGAGCUGUGGCGAUUGGCGUUCUCAGCGCGUGGCCGUGGGGUACAGCCUCAGCAACGGGGGAGCGGAGUGAACGGGAGGCGUGUGCAGCCUGCACAGUGAUCACACUACUGAGGGCUCCUCCGCGGGGCCCGCCCACCUGGAGAAGCCCAGCACGGGCCGUGCAGGGGCUGGGGGCACCCAGGGUCCAGCCUGCUGCUGCUCCUGGCCCUGGGAGAGGAGGGCCCCACGGCCCAGGGCUGUCCCUCCCGGGGCUCUGACUCUCCUGGUCCUUUUGUCAAUGUUGCACAGUUUUGAACCCCCCUUCCCCCCUUCCCCUUUUGUAGUGGGUUGGGUUUUAAAUUAUAAAUGUUAAUUGCCUCCGGGUGAAAAAGUUUUUAAUAAACACCUUAUUACCUCUUCA